CCUAGCUCAGUUUUGAUUCUCCAAAAUCAGUCUCACUCUCUAUAGCCGAUUCUCGUUUCGUGAACCUUGGGAAUCUAAAACAAAAGGUUGAAAAAUGUUUCUGAAAGUCAAGUUACCAUGGAACGUGAUGAUUCCAGCUGAAAACAUGGAUGCCAAAGGGCUGAUGCUAAAGAGAGCUAUACUAGUAGAGUUACUAAACGCAUUUGCUUCCAAGAAAGCAACCAAGGAGCUUGGCUACUACGUGGCAGUCACAACUCUGGACAAGAUUGGAGAAGGCAAAAUCAGGGAGCACACUGGUGAAGUUCUGUUCCCGGUAAUGUUCAGCGGAAUGACUUUCAAGAUCUUCAAAGGAGAGAUAAUUCACGGUGUGGUGCACAAGGUGUUGAAGCACGGUGUCUUCAUGAGGUGUGGUCCAAUCGAGAAUGUUUACCUCUCAUACAUGAAGAUGCCUGAUUACAAGUACAUCCCAGGAGAGAACCCGAUCUUCAUGAAUGAUAAGAUGUCUAGGAUCCAGGUUGAGGCUACAGUGAGGGUUGUUGUGCUUGGAACGAAGUGGAUGGAGGCAGAGAGAGAGUUUCAGGCGUUGGCUAGCUUGGAAGGGGACUACCUUGGACCAAUCUCUGAAGAGUGAUCUGCUUCAAUUUUUUCAUGUGAUGGGAGUUUUUGGGCGAUCUCUCAUGUCUAUAUAACUCAGUCUUAUUAGUUAAUAUGUGGUAAGUACUCUCUUAAGUUGUGCAAAUAAUGAAAACCUUGAUCUUUUAAGUGUAAUGGCAUUUUCCACGAAAGGCUGGUCUAAUUUAGGGAUUUGAUAUUGGUAUAUU